CCAGCCGGAAGUGACGCGCACUUGACAGCUUCUCACAAGACGUGAUGUAAGCGUCACCUGCGGCAGCUCCAGCGGAGAACAACUUCCGUGACGCGACCGAGCAGGGGCUUGUGGGCCUGGAACUGUGUCUGUCGCUUUUGAAGCAUGAGCUGCACCAUAGAGAAAGUUCUGGCUGAUGCCAAAGAAUUAGUGGAGCGACUGCGGGAACACGACGGUGCGGCGGAAUCGCUGAUCGAGCAGACGACCACCCUGAAUAAACGAGUUGAAGCCAUGAAACAGUACCAAGAGGAGGUGCAGGAGCUGAAUGAAAUAGCCAGGCACCGGCCACGCUCUACUCUGGUCCUUGGGAUUCAGCAAGAGAACCGGCAAAUUCGGCAACUUCAACAUGAAAACAAAGAAUUGCGCACGUCCCUUAAGGAGCACCAGUCCGCCCUGGAACUGAUCAUGAGCAAAUACAGGGAGCAAAUGUUUCGCUUGCUCAUGGCCAGCAAAAAGGAUGACCCUGGGGUCAUUAUGAAGCUGAAGGAGCAACACUCCAAGGAGUUACAGGCUCACAUAGAGAAGAUCAAUGAAAUGACAGCAGUGAUGAGACGAGCCAUUGAAAUGGAUGAGCAGCGAGGUGACCGAGAACACAAUCGGAUCAUUAAACUUGAGGAAAACAAACGCCUGAGAGAAAUCCUGCAGAUCACCAAAAUAUCUUUCCUGAAUCUCCAUAAAGAAGAUGCGUCGGAAAACUCGCCCCACUCCGCGCCGGUCCCCAACACCGACCUGAUCUUAAGGAAAAGCUGAAUGUGUCGGAAGCUGCAGCGCUGGCGCCAGACUUUCCUUCCUAAACUGCUGCACCGGAGACGUUUAAUCAUUGCACCCGGACUGUAAAUAGCAGCUACAUUUUAUACCUGUGUGUGUGUGUGCUGCCAGCAGUGCACUGGAUCCCCUGAUGCUUCAUAUCAGAGACGGUGACUCCUUGUAACGCUCAGAAGGUGAGAGGGAUUCUUUCUUUUUAACCCCUUUUGGAGCACAGCGAACCGACCAAUGGAAAUAUUUUAUUGAAACUUGAAGUCCAUGAAGUGCUAUUUUAUAGAAUCUAGACAUUAACGUGGGUAUUUUGUAUCAUUACAUUCCAACAAUCCUUAUAUCACUCCACUGGGGGUAAUGUGUCUGUGCUUUUAGUAAAGGGGCAAACAAAAGAGCUGAUUGUUCACCAGUCUAUGGGGGCAGGGCAGUCCCCUGCGCACACUUACCUCUGCCUAAACCAACAAUAAAAUCUUCAUGGCUUCUC